AUGGCCCUAAAUCUCACGAACGACUACUCGCCUACCAUAACCCUCUCGCUUCGCUCUUGCCGACGCUCUCACCUGUUGUCGAUCGACGCUUCUCUGUUGUUCGCUCGCGCCAGCAGAUCAGAUCGAAGCUCUUCUGCAGAUCAGAUCGACGCUCCUCUCUAUGUUCCUCUGCAGAUCGGAUCGACCCUCGCUCGCGUACCUAGAUCUCCGAUCGAGUUCAUUACCCGCGCUGCAGAACCUUCAAGAUCUCUAGCUAAUAAUGAGAUGAAGUUUACUGAAUAUGAAACUCAGGACGGUGAGGGUGCAGUCGAGAUGACUGCUCUGAGGGAGUCUAUAACAGAUGUUAUAUAUGGCAACAAGUCCAACGAGUCUUUUUUCUGUUUUUAUAGAAACAUGACUUCUAGGAUAUCAAUUACAGACAUAUAUAUUUUAUGUUAUUGUGGUCUACCGGCUCAGUUGCUUACGUCGCGUCAGUCUCAUAGCUUUGGGAGGCGGUUCUACAGUUGUGCCAAGGGUGUUUCUGCUCGUUGCGACUUCUUUCAGUGGGCUGACAAUCCCUCAUAUUACAUUGCCAGCAAUCAUAAGAAUCCAAUAUUUUCUCAGGUUGUGCGGUUCGGCGAGACGGAGGAGGAACUGUCCGCGAAGGAGCAGAGGAAGGCGGGUAGUUCGCUCAGCGAAGGGGCAGAUCUCGCGAAGGAGGAGGAUUACCGCGAUAGCUAG